AAGGGUGGGACUUGGAGCGGGAAGGCUGCUGGGAGACGGCUCCGUCUGUGGAGGCAGAAAUACUCGGCAUUCCGCUGCCUUUUUUUUUCCUAACGCAAGCAGCGAAAAACCCAGCCUGCACAUUCCCAGCUUUAGCCCAGCCACGAAGGGAACCGUUAGCUGCACCAACAAUGGCUUCGUCUCCUCAGAAGUCCCCUUCAUCUCCCAAACCCCCGACCCCGAAAUCACCACCCUCGAGGAAGAAGGACGACUCCUUUCUCGGCAAACUUGGAGGGACUUUGGCGAGACGGAAAAAGGCGAAAGAAGUUUCUGAGCUCCAAGAAGAGGGCAUGAAUGCAAUCAACUUGCCCCUGAGCCCCACCCCUUUUGAGCUGGACCCUGAGGACACCAUGUUGGAGGAGAACGAAGUCCGCACCAUGGUUGAUCCCAACUCCAGAAAUGACCCCAAACUCCAAGAGCUGAUGAAGGUCCUCAUCGACUGGAUCAAUGAUGUUUUGGUAGGCGAGCGGAUCAUUGUCAAAGAUCUGGCCGAAGACCUUUAUGAUGGACAGGUUCUUCAGAAGCUCUUUGAGAAGCUGGAAGGAGAGAAACUCAAUGUUGCUGAGGUGACACAGUCUGAGAUCGCCCAGAAGCAGAAACUUCAGACAGUUCUGGAAAAGAUCAAUGACACCCUUAAAGUUUCCUCCAGGAACAUCAAGUGGAACAUUGACUCGGUCCAUGCUAAGAGCAUAGUGGCCAUACUUCACUUGCUGGUGGCCCUGUCUCAGCACUUCCGAGCUCCGAUCCGUCUCCCAGAUCACGUGUCCAUUCAAGUAGUGGUAGUCCAGAAACGCGAGGGCAUACUCCAGUCUCGGCAGGUCCAGGAAGAGAUUACUGGCAACACAGAGGCACUUUCUGGAAGACAUGAGCGUGAUGCAUUUGACACUUUGUUCGACCACGCACCAGACAAGCUGAAUGUGGUCAAAAAAACUCUCAUCACAUUUGUGAACAAGCACUUAAACAAGCUGAAUCUGGAGGUAUCUGAGCUGGAUACGCAGUUUGCUGAUGGUGUGUACCUGGUCUUGCUGAUGGGACUCCUGGAGGGAUAUUUUGUUCCUCUCUACAGCUUUUUCCUCACCCCUGAAAACUUCGAACAUAAGGUGCACAAUGUUUCUUUUUCUUUUGAGCUGAUGCAGGAUGGAGGUUUGGAGAAACCAAAGCCCAGGCCAGAGGACAUUGUCAACUGUGAUCUGAAGUCCACUUUGCGGGUCCUCUACAACCUCUUUACCAAAUACAGGAGCGUGGAAUGAACAGAAGACCUGCACAAAACUGUUCCACAUCUUUAAAUGACCAAAGCGAGAGCAGAUAUCCUUAUCAGUAUUACAUGAGGUUAUUUUCAUUUGUAGAGGAGCUUUUUCUACAUGUCUUAAAAAUGUGGUCUCUAUUUAUUCAGUAUUUUACACUCACUGGCCACUUUAUUAAAUUCAAUUGCUUGAUAACACAAAUAGCUAAUCAGCCAAUCACAUGACCUCAACUCAGUGCAUUUAGGCAUGUAGAG